UUAAAAGCAAUCAACAAACCCUGCGUCAAACUUGCCCCUACACUCAAUGCAGAAUCGUUUUUUUGUCUGGGCAAUAUAGCGAGCAAAAAUUGUAUUUUAGAUACUGAGGCAAAAGUUUAAGGGGCUCGUUUGCAGUAAGCAAAGUGCAAUUUUGAGCGCAAUUUUUUUUUUGCACACUGCAAGGUUUUUUCCACCAUUCAGGCACAGUCAAUGCUCUUGAUUCAAUUGCGCUGCACCUACCACAGUUGCACUCAGUUUGCCAAAAUGGCAGCAACUGCACAUUCACAUUGUUGCAAAUAAGAUUUCACAUUUGUGCCAAAUAUUCAUUUCUGAUGUUUGCUGGCGUCAUUUCUGGUGUUUGGAGUGCAAGUGACAUGUGACCCUACUCUUUCACUGCAAGUGUGCUGCUCCUAGUGUCUGGCUCCUGGGUUCCCCGGCUUCUAUAGGCGCAGCAGUGCAUGAUUCAGUAUGGAAGGCAGGAAGGACUGGGUGGUGGCGAGUGGAACAAAAGGGAAGAGCAAGGACUACAUUUUGAUGCAGGUACCUGUAGUAACGCAGGUACCUAUAGCGGUUUUAUGAGCAGCUUCGUUGAUGCUUCUGGGUCCUGAAUGUACAAGCCACUUGCCAUCCACUAGUGUGCCUAGUAAGGUCGGUCACAUUGUCCCUCGGCAGCUUUAACUAAGGGCAAAUACAAUGAUGGCAUCUUUCAAUCCCAAAAACCCAUAUUCUGUACCAAUGUUACCAUCUUCAACUGUAAACUCCAAUCAAACAGAGAAUUGCACAAGGAUAAUGGAGGAGAGGAACGCGACCUUAGCUAUGUUUCAGCUCAUCAUUUUAUCUCUGACCCUAUUUUUUGGCACAUUAUUUAACUCCUUUGCAAUCUGGGUUUUUUGCUGUAAGAUGAAGAAAUGGACAGAGACCAGAGUUUUCAUGAUGAGCCUGUUGUUCAGUGACUGUUGCUUGCUCUUAACCAUUCCGUUUCGCAUCUAUGCUACACAGCACCGAUGGGAUCUCCCCAGAGAACUGUGUACAACCCUUGCUUAUGCUUACUUUAUGAACACAUAUUUGAGUAUUGCCAUUAUUACACUGAUUUCUGUGGACAGAUACAUAGCCAUAAAAUUUCCCCUCAGAUCAAGGUCAUUGCGCUCCCCAAAGAAGGCCGCAUUGGCCUGUGCCAUUGUUUUUGCACUGUUGCUGUGUACACGCAUUUUCAUUUUACUUACAGCUGAAAAAAGUGUUCCAUCUCCUGGCUUCUGUUUCCGCAAAAUUUUAACCAGACCGUUAAAGAGAAACUUGUACUUCACAGUUACAGGGUUUUACAUUCCUCUGCCCAUAAUCAUAUUUUGCACAACAGAAGUCAUCAGGUUCCUAAAGAUGAAGGAUAAAACGAGCGUCUAUGAACACGAGUGCAUUAAAAAAUCAAUUAAGAUAAUGUCUGCCAAUCUCAUCAUUUUUCUGGUUUGUUUUUUGCCUCUUCACAUUUUAAAUAUUAUCAGGUUUGCGAUGGAGAGUUUGAAACUGGAUUGCACAUUGAUAAAACUAAUCAACGAUUAUGUCUAUGCUGCACAAGUCAUCGGUGACCUAAAUUGUUGCCUGGACAGUGUCUGUUAUUAUUUUGUAGCCAAGGAAUUCUGGGAGUCAACAUCAGUGUUGCCAAGGUCAAACCACUUAACAACAUCUCCGGAACAAACAGAAGACACAAACCUUUAGAAACAAACUGUUUACCAGAUGGCAUUUAGGAAUUCAUAAAUUCCCACAAUCUUUAAGAAUGUGACAUUGGUUUCCAGUUGAGGUUCAUUUUGUAGGACAAGCAUUUCAGAAGCACUUAAGGCAACACACUGACCAAAUCUUGAUUCACUGUGUAUAUUGUGGGUUUCGGACAAUGCUUUAUAAGUCAGAUCCUCUGACUGGAGUAAUUUUUUGCUAUUUAUGAUGUUUGUAUAUACUGUAUACUGUAUAUUGUUAUAUUAUUGCAAUUUGUUAUUGUAUGACUCCCAUCCUUGGUAAGUCUGAAUAUCGUUAUAGUUCUGACACAUCAUUAUACAGUAGUUCUAACAUGAUAAAUCUGACAGUGACACAACUUUUUUUUAAAGAAUAUUCAUUACUAAAUAUUUUCUACCUAUUGCUAUAUAUAUUAACUAAUUUGAGUUUUACUUACAUGAUCUACAUAUUAUCCUAAAAUGGGUGGUUCACCCUUAAGUUACCAUUAACUAUGCUAUAGAAUAUCUUAUUCCUAGCAAUUAUGCAAGUGGUCUUCAUUGUUUAUUUUUUAUAGUACUAAAGUAUUUGACCCCCGCAGCCAAUUAUUGCUCUGUGAGGCUAUAAUUUUAUACUUAUUGUUACAAACACAUUUUUUUAUAUAUAAUUUUGAAAAUAGAACGUAGGCCUAGACUUUUCUAGGUGCCCACGGCCAUGUGACUUGUGCUUUGAUAAACUUCAGUCACACUUUACUGCUGCAUUGCCCUCCACCCCCCCCAGCAACCAAUCAGCACAACAAUGGGAAGGGAGCAAGAUAGCAGCUCCGAGUAGAUAUCAGAAUAGCACUCAAUAAUAAGAAAUCUAAGUCCAGCUUGGGACUCCUCCAGUUACAUGGGAGUAGGAGAAACAAUAGGUUACCUGAAAGCAGUUCUAAUGUGUAGCGCUGGCUCCUUCUGAAAGCUCAGACUCAGGCACAAUGCACUGAACAAUGCAGACUGAUGUUCAUUUUCUUCACUUACUAAUAAAAUGCUAGAGUCAACAGUUA